CCUGCAGUCCAACAGAGGAGAGAUCCUCAAACUUGCUGAAGUGGCUUUCAGACAGCUGAUGAAGGGCAAUGUGAUGUUCUAUGAGGAGGACCUGAUUGAGAGCGGCAUAGAUGUCACUGACGCCUCAGUGUGUUCUGGGAUCUUUUCUGAGAUCUUUAAGGAGGAAUCUGUGAUUCAUCAGAGGAAAGUCUACAGCUUCAUCCAUCUCAGCUUUCAGGAGUUUCUGGCUGCUUUCUUUGUGUUUCACUGCUAUUUAACAGAUAAAAGAGAACCACUGAUGUUGCUUUAUGAGAGUAAAUAUUCAGAUGAUGAAGAUGUGUCAGAUGGUAAUGAAUAUGAAGAUGUUCAAUUUUUACAGUCCAGCUCUGAGAUCUCUCUGUAUGAUCUGCUCAGUUUAGCAUCAUAUAAAGCUGUCAGGAGUAGUAAUGGUCAUCUGGAUCUGUUCCUGUGGUUCCUGCUGGGCGUCUCACUGGAGUCUAAUCAGAGACUCUUCCAGGAUCUGCUGACACACACAGAGGAGAGCUCAGAGAGCAUCAGGAUAAUUACACAGGACAUUAAAGACAUGAUCAAGACAAAUGAGGAUCUCUCAGCUGAAAGAUCCAUCAAUCUGUUCCUCUGUCUGCUGGAGGUGAAAGAUCAGACUCUGGCCAGAGAGGUUCAGGAGUUUGUGAAAUCAGACAAACACUCAGAGGAGUAUCUCUCUCUUGCUCACUGCUCAACAAUCUCCUACAUGAUUGAGAUGUCAGAGGAGCCGCUGGAUGAGUUAGACUUUAAUAAAUUGAACACAUCAGAUAUGGGAAGAUGGAGACUGAUACCAGCUGUGAGAAACUGCAGAAGAGCUCUGCUACAGUGGAGUUAUCUCGAUGUUCAGCAUUGUGAGAGUUUGUUUUCAGCUCUACAAUCCUCAAACUGUGUGCUGAGAGAGCUGGACCUGAGUAACAUUGACCUGCAGGAUUCAGUGAAGCUUCUCUCUGAUAGGCUGAAGAGUCCAAACUGUAAACUGGAGACACUGAGACUACAGUGCUGUAAUCUCACCGCUCAGUCUUGUGAGAGUUUGUCUUCAGCUCUACAAUCCUCAAACUGUGUGCUGAGAGAGCUGGACCUGAGUAACAAUGACCUGCUGGAUUCAGGAGUGAAGAAGCUCUCUGAUGGACUGAAGACUGUGAACUCCCAACUUUCCCCUGCAAACACCACAUUCUUAUUUGGCCUCAUUGGCCUCACAAGGAGCUCCUCUGAAUUGAAUGUUCCUACACCAAACCAUGUUUCCACAUGGCAGUUUGUGUCUCUUGUCUUGGCAGAAUCUAAUGUGUGGCUUGUGUUCUCCUUGUUUAAUGCAAGUUUCUGCAAAUCUCCCAGAAGUGUCCCACUCCACAAAGGGGAGAUUCCCAUUAGGAUUCGACUAUGA